UCGGUGUCAGUGUAAACAAACAUGUGAAACUGAUAAUGAAAACGAUGUUUUGAUGCUAUAUUGAGAUUUUCCUUGAAACCAAACACUUCCUUCUUAUUUCAAACGGUCUGUUGCUGAUGUUUAACAAUAAUAUAUGCAUAUUGUGUCAUGGAGAGUGAAAGAAAUCUAAGUUCUCUCAGUAACAACAAUUUCUUGCCCGUGCAAAUGAUCCUACCAUGAAUGAGCAGUGUCAUCCCCUAAGCAGUUAGCUUAUCAGUGGCAUCCCCUCAGCUUACUUGUGUUGUCCCAUCUGCUUUGCUUUUUAAAUACAUGAAGUUGAAUUCAUCAUCAUGAGCAUUAUUCAUGAAAGUCAAGAAGGUUGGCUGGUGGACAGUCUUUCAUUAUCAACAUGCAGUGUUGAAAAUGAAAAAAGAAUGACAAAGUAUGCAUUAAGAUCUGACUUAUUUAAAAUAGUAUCUCCAUUUAUGAUGAACAGUCAAUUUGAGAAGAUAUGUAAGGAAGAAAAGUCAAUAAACCUGGAAGUUGGGGUAAAAGAGAGGAAGAAAAAGAGAAAAAGAAAAGCAGAAAAGAAUAUUGGUGAAAAACUUGCUGAAGAAUUCCAUACAAAGGUGAAGCACUAUGUUCUUGAGGGCUACAGGAGUCUAGUAAGUGCAGGGAGGGAGUGUGGUUACUUCCUGUCACCAGCUGGUUCUGGAUCAGCAAAUAACAAUCUGGCCUCUAGGGAAGCAGCAAUGGCGCAGGGCGCCGGUGAAUGGUUUGUGCAACUGUGUCAGGAACCCCGGGCAAACAUCAGUGUUGGAAUUCAAGUACACUGUGUACAGGCGGGAGGAAGUAUUCCAAGCAGUCUAUUAUUCAAUGGCCUCUGGCAGCAUAAGGGGGACAAUUGUGUUAUGGUUCAAUUAGACCCAGGAGUGUUUAUCAUUCCCCCUGACUGCAGGUUCCUUAUUUCAGAUAUACACCAACUAGAGCAGGCAUGUUCAGAUCUUGGACAGUUUGACUUAAUAGUAAUGGACCCACCUUGGGAGAGCAAGUCUGUCAAACGGCUGAAAAAAUACAGUAUGCUGGCAAACUCUGACUUGCUGUCCCUGCCCCUGGGUGCCCUGAUGGCCCCCGGAUGUGUGGUUGGGGUCUGGGUCACAAAUAGACAGGCACACAUACACUUCAUCACAGACCAACUCUUCUCAGCCAAUCAUAUACAACAUGUUGCCACAUGGUACUGGCUGAAGGUAACAAAGUCGGGUGUUUGCAUUCGUGAUAUUGAUGAUUCUCAUAAGAAACCCUACGAGGUCCUGAUGCUGGGUAGAUAUGUGGUACCCGGCUCCACUAUGUAUGACAGAUCAAAGAAUCAGUCAGAUUCAUUGUGCUGUACAGAUGGUGGAAAAGAUACUGCAGAUUCACCAGUAAUUCCCAACAACAAGUUGGUUGUCUCUGUACCGUGCAGUCUUCAUUCAAAGAAACCAAUACUUACAGAGGUGUUGCGGAGUUACCUGCCCACUUCUCCUCGCUGUCUCGAGAUGUUCGCACGCAACCUCCUACCUCACUGGACCUCAUGGGGAAACGAGGUUCUUCUCCACCAGCACAAGGAUUUCUUUGAAGAAGUUACCUGAGCCUUGGACAUUUAAGGCAAAAUUAAACAUUAUCAGAAGGAUCAGGUGUGAAGUGGAAGACUUCAUCAAGCUCCCCAAAGGGCAAUGUUCUUAGAAAAUCAUGACCGGGGGUUCGUGGUCUGGUGGAAUAAUGUUGUAAUGAAAUAUGCAUAUCAUAAAGGAAAUACUCAUGUUUUUUGUAAAGUGCACUUUUUUUUGUAUGACUAAAUAAAGUGUGGCGAAUCAUUACGAGUGUUAAAACUAAGAUACCAAAAACUAGAAUGUUUCAGCAAAUGCUGAUAUUUGCUCAAAUAUUGUCUUUAAAGAGCACAAUUUUCAUAAGUGUUUAUAAUGCUAAUGGUCACUUAAUUACAAUUUUGUUGUUGCAAAUUAGCUGAUUGACGUUAUCAUAUGAUGUUAUCAAUGUAUUGUUAAAAGGUCAAAAUAUCCAUCACUUGUGUAUGAUCCUGUUGGCCUAGUGGUGAUCAAGACGUCAAUUUUUUCUUGUCUUUAGUGGCAUGUUUGCACCCCACUAAAACCAAAAUACUUUUUUUAUAGUAUAAUUGAAUUUUUUCAGCAAUUUUGAUACCAUCCAGUUAAUAAGCAAUGAUCAAAUAAGUGUUUUCAGAUGCGCUACUGGGAAAACUAAUUUUUGGUUCAUUAAAUUUCCUCGCUUCUUAAAGAUGCCCUCUAAAUUAGAAAUUAAAAUAACUAUAAAUAAGUUUGAACCUUCUAAACCAAGUAACCUAAUGAAGGUAAUCUGGCAUUGUGAUGAUUAAAUGAAUAAUGAAAAUUGCAUCUGUGGUUUUUAAAUUUUGAACUUCCAGCUUCACUUUGAACUGAUCUAUAAUUGUGAAUUGCUGUCUGUCACUGUCAGUCCAACAUUUGAUGAUGUUAUUAACAUAACGCUUGUUAUCUUUCGACUGUUUUCAGCUAACCUUUUAAAAGUUAUGACCUGCCUUUAGAAAAGAUGAAGUUGUGGGUAUAAACUUAAUUCCUAAUCAGAUUAUCACCUAAAAACCGUCUGCACUACAUUUUGGUCGCAAAUAUAGUUGUUGAUGCUGCCUAGCAGACGGCAGAGUCAAUUAUGCUAAUUCUGGUUAAACUUGUUGCUUGUGGACUAUCUUUGCCAGUGAAUUAACUCGCCAUGGUCCCUGUCUCGAGUAGUCAUGUCCUGUAUUUGUGCAUUGAUCCAUAUUCUUUUUAUGCCCCCGAAGGUGGGCAUAUUAAAAUCGCACUCUCCGUCUGUCCGUCCUUGUGUCCAGCUUAAUAACUCGUGUCUGGGCUGUAACUUUCCCUUGUAUGGACAGAUUUUAAAAUAACUUGUCACAUGUGUUCCACAUACAAAGAUGAAGUGUCACGUGCAAGACCCGUGCCCCUACCUCUAAGGUCAAGGUCACACUUAGUGUUCAUUCACAAUGGAGUGCUGCAUAUAGGACAUAGAGUAUAGGUUGUCGUGUCCGGGCUGUAACUUUUCCUUGUAUGGACAGAUUUUAAAAUAACUUGCCACACGUGUUCCACAUACCAAGACGACGUGUCGCGUGCAAGACCCGUGUUCUUACCUCUAAGGUCAAGGUCACACUUAGUGUUUAUUCACAAUGGAGUGCUGCAUAUAAGGACAUAUAUAAGUUGUCGUAUCCGGGCUGUAACUUUCCCUUGUAUGGACAGAUUUUAAAAUAACUUGCCACAUGUGUUCCACAUACCAAGGCGAGGUGUCAAGUGCAAGACCUGUGUCCCUACCUCUAGAUCAAGGACACACUUAGUGUUUAUUCAUGAGUGCUGCAUAUAAGACAUAGCGUAUAAGUUGUCGUGGCCGGGCUGUAACUUUCCCUUGUAUGGACAGAUUUUAAAAUAACUUGCUACAUGUGUUCCACAUACCAAGACAACGUGUCGCAUGCAAGACCUGUGUCCCUACCUCUAAGGUUAAGGUCACACUUAGGUGUUUAUUCACUAUGGAAUGCUGCAUAUAUAUAAGGACAUAUAGUAUAGGUUGUUGUGUCCGGGCUUUAACUUUCUCUUGUAUGGACAGAUUUUAAAAUGACUUGCCACAUGUGUCAGACAUACCAAGACGACAUGUCACAUGCAAGACCCAUGUCCCUACCACUGAGUUCAAGGUCACACUUAGUGUUUAUUCACAAUGGAAUGCUGCUUAUAAGGACAUAACAGUGUAAGUUGUCAAGUAUGGUUGGUAUUUUUUAUGUUUAGAGGCAAUUUAAAAUAACUUGCCAUAUGUAUUUGACACGUAAAGGCAAGAUCAACUUUUCAUGUACUGACCUUGUUCAUAGGUCAAUGUCACAUUUAGGGGCAUUCGUCACAUACUGUGACAGCUCUUGUUUAUUGUGCAAGGACUGUUACCAUUUCCUUGUUGAGGGUUUUAAAACGAGGCUGGGGAUGUGUUCUGUAAGGUUGUUACAUAGUAAAUUAGA